AUGUCGUUGAAGGAUAUGACUGACCUUACUACCAUGAAGGUGAUCAUGAUCGUGACUUGCAGAGGGUGGUCUCCAAAGGUGACUGGAAAUUCGAUUGUUCCUCUAAUGGAAGAGGAGGCUCUUGAGAACCCAUGGAGCAUCCUAUGUACGGCUCGAUUGGCUAUCUCCACCUGCACCACAAGGGCUUCAUGCAGUAGGCUCACUCCUUCUAGGUUGGCAUCCGAAAAGGAGAUUACCGUUUUUGUCUUUGCUACCUUAUUCGGCAUCUCUGCUAUCCCUACGAACCAAAUAUGGGCUUUUGCCUUUCUUGUAGACUCCUGCCCUGGUCCUCCCAUUAUAGUGAGGAUUGGGGCUCCCCUAAUCCCCGCUUAUGUUAAAGUCCUCAAAGACUUAUGCACCCAAAAGCGGACCACCAAUGUGCCCAAAAAGGCAUUCUUGGCUGCUAACAUUAGUUCUCUAAUCUCACAGCUAGUAGCAGCCAAGCAUAAGGAUCCGGGAAGCCCCACCAUCUCUUGCACUAUAGGCCAUACUACUAUUGAUCAUGCCUUAUUGGACCUUGGUGCAAGUGUGAACCUCUUACCCUUUCAUGUCUACCAACAACUGGGAUUGGGUAGACCAUUCCUAGCUACCAGUAAUGCUUUAAUCAAUUGCAGGAAUGGUCUCAUAAAAUUAUCUUUUGGCAAUACUUUUGUUGACUUCAAUGUGUUUAGGUUGGGCAAGCAGCCUGACAUGGAUGAAGAGGUGCAUAUGCUUCAAGGAUUUCCCGAUGAUAUUGAUACGUUCUUUGAGAUUGAUUUUGAUUCGAGAUUUCAAGAAUGUAUGCAAGAAUUGGAGGGUGUUGAUGAUACUCCCUUAUCUGAGGUCUGGAGCAUCCAACCACCUUUGGAGCCCCUUGGACCCCUAUCCACUUCCAUUCCCAAAUCCUCUAUUAUUGAGCCCCCCACAUUAGAGUUGAAGGCAUUGCCCUCCAACCUCAAGUAUGUCUUCUUAGGAUAUGAUCAUACUCUUCCUGUUAUUAUUGCUUCUGAUUUGACUUCUAUUCAGGAAGAUGGUUAUGUAGGCUAUAACCAAAUUCCUAUUGCUCUAGAGGACCAACACAAGACCACUUUCACAUGCCCUUAUGGAACCUUUGCUUACCGACGUAUGCCUUUUGGGCUUUGCAAUGCCCCUGCUACAUUCCAAAGGUGCAUGAUGAGUAUCUUUUCUGAUAUGGUAGAGCACUUCCUAGAGGUGUUUAUGGAUGAUUUUUCUAUUCAUGGCUCUAUUUUUUCUAAUUGCUUGCAUCAUCUCUCUUUGGUUCUUAAAAGUGACCAUGCAGCUAUCAAAUAUCUUAUGCAGAAGAAAGAUGCCAAGACUCGCCUCAUUAGGGGGGCUUGUGGAGGCCAUAUUGGGCCUAAUAAGACCGCGGCCAAAGUUUUACAGUGUGGAUUUUAUUGGCCUAGUCUGUUUAAUGACACUUUUACUUAUUGCAGGGCAUGUUCUUCAUGCCAAUCCUUAGGGCAUCUUACUAAGAGAAAUAUGAUGCCCCUCAACCCAAUUCUGGUGGUUGAGGUGUUUGAUGUAUGGGGUAUUGAUUUCAUUGGGCCUUUCCCUAACUCUUUUGGUAACCUAUACAUAUUACUUGCUGUGGACUAUGUGUCCAAAUGGAUUGAGGCAGUUGCUUGUAAGACCAAUGACCACAAGGUGGUUGUGAAAUUUUUGAAGGAGAACAUCUUCUCCCAUUUUGGUACUCCCCGGGCUCUCAUUAGUGAUCGGGGAAAGCAUUUUUGUAAUCGGCCUUUUGAGGCCCUCAUGAAAAAGUAUGGUGUCGUCCAUAAGUUGGCCACACCCUACCAUCCCCAGACCAGUGGCCAGGUUGAGGUUUCAAAUAGGCAGAUCAAGCAAAUUCUUGAGAAAACCAUCAACCCAAACCCUAAGGAUUGGUCUAACCGAUUGGUAGAUGCAUUGUGGGCCCAUAGGACAGCCUUCAAGACCAAUCUUGGUCAAUCUCUGUACCGUCUGGUGUAUGGAAAGGCAUGUCACUUACCUGUAGAGAUUGAGCACAAGGCCUUUUGGGCUAUCAAGAAGCUUAACUUUGACCUACGCACUACAGGUGCCCAUAGGAAACUCCAACUAUCUAAGUUGGAAGAGCUUAGGAAUGAGGCAUAUGAGAAUGCCCGAAUUUACAAGGAAAAAACCAAGGCUUUCCAUGAUAGGCAUAUUUUGAGAAAAUCUUUUGAGGUAGGCCAGAAUGUUUUGUUGUACAAUUCUCGUUUGCAUAUCUUUCCAGGUAAGCUGCGUUCUAGAUGGGAUGGCCCCUAUAUUGUUCAAAAAAUUUAUCCUCAUGGGGCUGUUGAAGUCCUCAAUCCAAGUACAGGAGCUACUUUCAAGGUCAAUGGCCAAAGA